UUUAUCGAUUCAUCGUUUUAGUCAUAUUUAUUUAUUCAAGAACUAUAUACCCAAAAAUCUAUUGAGAAAUAUGUUUACAAUAAUCUUAGAAAAUGUUUAAACAAGCAUUCAAACGAUAUAAAAUAAAAACAGAAUCACCUGAUCUCCAAGAUGUAAUUGACCUUGAUCAAUAUGAAGCAAUAAAUUUCGACAGUGGUUGUCAUAACCUAGAAUUGGUGCAGCCGGCGAUAGUUCCUGAAAUACAGAUAAGUCCAAGUCUACGAGUGCCAGUUGGCUUGCAAUCACCAAAUGAUUGGCGGUGCUAUACGCUUGCAAAUCAUCCUGGUCUUUUGGUUAUACGCAAUCCAUUUACACCUACGGGCCAACGCUAUUGGAUAGCUAGAAGUCUUCGCGACUACCCGCAAGCUCCCAACUAUGUUAACUUGGAUGCGAAACAUUUUUCCGUCAAUGCGGUAUCGAAUUGGUGGGGAGAGUUACAUCAAAGCGGUCACAAAACUGUUGAUCAGCGUCUUAAGACUGCGAUGCGUUGGACCACAUUGGGAUAUCAUCACAACUGGGACACCAAGGUAUACGAUGAGGCUAAGCACACAACGUUCCCAAGUGACUUGAGUAGUCUGUGCCAAUAUUUUUCUCUUGUGCUUGGAUAUCAACAUUUUAUCCCACAAGCUGCUAUUGUUAAUUACUAUCCGAUUGGCACUACCUUAUCUGGUCACACGGAUCAUUCGGAGUUGAACCUUGCAGCACCACUUUUUUCAUUGAGUUUCGGACAAACUGCCAUUUUUCUUAUAGGUGGCAUGACACUAGAAGAGCAGCCCACAGCUUUAUAUCUACGUAGUGGUGAUGUUUUAGUAAUGUCAGAGAAAUCUCGACUCUGCUAUCAUGCAGUACCACGAGUUAUGAAAACACACAAAAAGUCAUGGAAUGGAAACUCCAAAGAGAUGCAUGAAGAUCCCUUUAACACUUCAAUGGAUUCAGAAUUAUACGAUCAAGUUAAGGACGAGGACUUUUGGAUGCCAUUUGAAGGUUAUAUUAACGAUUCACGCAUAAAUAUUAAUGUGCGUCAAGUUCUGCCUUCGGAUGUUUCCCAAAUACAUAUCUAAAUAUUUGGUAGCAUGUGACAGGUUGUUAUCGGUUUAGCAAAUUUAACAAGUAAGAUCGGUUAUUAUAGGUACGCCGUAGCAUACAUACCCUUGUAGAACGGAAGUAAUGUGCAGACACUUAAAUUGUAUUCCGGUAUUAUUAAUAUUAUGUUUUUGAACAUUUUUAAAAGCAUUCUGUUAUAUAUAUUUCCUGUUUCUUGACUGGUUAUUUAUUGAGUAUAAUACAUGUGUACAAAGUGUAAUUAUUGUAUAAUAAAUUAGUGACUUUUGUGUAUCCGCCUAACUCCAUCUCCACUGGCAGCUUAUGAUGAGUACGGUCAGGUCAAUAUUUGGUAAAAUAUAUACAUUUUUAAUGCGAGAAAUCAAA